AUGGGCGUGCCAGCAAAGCCAAAAUAUACGUCAGAUUCAUACACCGUUGCACUUGUCUGUCCAAAGGGGAUUGAAUUCGCCGCGGUUGAAGGCAUGCUAGAACAUACCCACCCACCUAUUCCCAUGGAGCGAGCUGAGAAUGCCUACACGCUUGGACAGAUAGGCAACCACAACGUCAUUGUUGCUAUGUUGCCUGAAACUGGGACCAGCGCCGCAGCAACGACAGUGACACAGACCCUAAAUGACUUCAAGUCAAUUAGAUUUGUGAGCAUGCCCGCAGGUACUUUCGGCGGAGUGGUUCAGUUCGAUCGGGGUAAGAUAUAUAAGGACGGAAGGUUUGAACGGACAGGGGCGUUGUCGAAGCCUCCAAACUUGCUCUUAUCAAGUGCGGGAAAGCUACACGCAAGGCACAUCAGAGAAGGCAACAGUUUGAUGAAAAACGUGUCCACUCUGCUCAGCAAGUUUCCCAGAAUGAGAAAAGGACCUCUAGGCGACCCGGGAAGUGCCAAAGAUUUCCUCUUUGAAGCAACAUACCCCCACCCAGAAAAAAUGAACACUUGCAAAUCAUGUCUUCCAGAAAAGCUUGUUAACCGUGAGCCACGAUCUGAAGCAGGCCCUGAAAUUCACUAUGGUACUAUCGGAUCUUCCAAUCUGGUUUUCAAAGAUGGCAUCACCCGAAAUAAACUAUACGAUGAACUUGGAAUAAUCUGUGUUGAGAUAGAAGCUGCGGGACUGAUAGAUGAGUUUCCCUGUCUAGUCAUCCGAAGCAUCUCUAAUUACGCAGAUUCCCAUAAAAACAAGCAGUGGCAGCCGUACGCUGCGGCCACAGCAGCCGCAUACAUGAAGGAACUUCUAGAGACAAUCCCUUCGUCUGAAGUUUACAAGGCCCGUCGAGCGGUGGAUUCUCUCAAGUCAUACGAUAAAGAUAUGGAAUCCUUGAAGGAGAAGCUCCUCAAAGAGGUGUGGGUGGGUACGAUUAGAAAAGAAGUCGUGGAUGCCGCGAUCAAAGGGAAGCUUGACGAAUUUAAGGAACGACUGUUCCAAAUCGAAAAUGGAGGUACUUGGAGAAUGGACCGCUAG